AUGACUUCUGGAUAUUAUUAAAAAUUUAAUAUAAUUAAAAAAAAUCAAAACGCUUUUUUUAUGACUUCUGGAUGUUAUCUCCUUCUCCGGUCUUCUCCGAUCAUCCGGCCUUGGAAAGCGAAUUGGCAAAAGUGAAGAUGGAACUGAAAACCAAACGUUCAAUGGUCUCUCUAUGGCUUCUGGCGUUUAUGUUUAGAGAACCGCUCACCAACGGCAUCAAUCGUGUGGAUCUGAUGUGCCGCAAUGGAUUCGAGAAGAUCUACCCCAUUUUCUCACCCCGCCGCCAAUUGGAUUUUGGAACACCUCUUCUGCCUCGCCAUCACCUAUGUAGUCACUGAACACAUCCAUGGCCGCCUUCUCCGUUACACCGACAACGCCAACCCACCAGAUGGAGAAAACACAUACCCGGGAAUUCCGAGCUCGGCGGCGAGGCCAUUUGUCCAACCCAGAAAGAAGUCGAAAACAACAGUAGUCGGCGGAGAAGGAUGCGAAUGGAACCACCGCUUAACCGGGUCGGAAAUCCGGGUUAAGGCAAACAUCAUAGCCCGGACCGCAUCGUGGGAAGGUCCUUGGUAUUUUCAACUCCGCCGGGGAUUAAAGGGUGCGCCAAAACAGGCAAAACAAGGGUCUGAAUAGAUGGGUUUCCGCGAGAAUUGGGGAUAAGAGAUGAAGGGUUUUUGGGGUGAUUAUGUCAAGGCCACGAUUGGAGAGUUGAUGGGUGAAAUAUUCAGAAGAGGCACCAUGUGUCCCUGUGAAGAGUAUGGAAAGAUCAAGAUGUGAGCUUUUUGCUGGUUCAUCUUUUCUCUUAAAACACAAAAUUUUUGAUUUGUGGGGUUUAUUAUUUCGAAUUAAAUGAAGGGAAGCUAUGAUUUAUGCAAGCCUGGGAAAUAAGGUGGAAGAAGAAGGAACAAACAAAAAUACCUUUGGGUUGGUGUAAAUGCGUGCAUCAGACAUUAUGAUUUAGAUGGAAGAAGAAGGAACAAACAAGCUUUUUGGUCUGUCCAGCGUGAAUGUAGUAAGCUCUCCCCUUUGUUUCCUACUCCAAUUCCCAUACAUCUGUCUGAUGAUUUCGAUGUUUAUUUUGUAAUUUUUAUUUUCAGUUUUGAUCUAGAUACUUAGAUAUAUGAUUAUUGGAGUAUAUUUAUUUUAGUUAGAUCUGGGAAUAUAGUUCUCUUUGUCUGGGUUUGUUGGGAUAUUUAGAAUUAUAAGAUUAUUGACGGGAUUCCUUAAUUUGAUGAUGAUACUGUUGAACAAGAG